AGUCUUGCUCAGAGUAGGACGCACUAAAGAUCGUUAAUCGAACAUAUAAAAAGUUUUAUCAGCCUUUUUCAAAGAAAAAACAACAACAUUGGUUGAUUUGUCAACCUUUUUCUAAAACCGGACAAAAAUAUCAAGCAAAUAAUUUCUCAACAGACACCAUGAAGAUGGUCCAGUGCGCUGGGUGCGAUCGCCCUAUCUUGGACCGGUUCUUACUGAACGUCCUAGACCGUUCCUGGCACGCUAACUGCGUCCAGUGCUGUGAGUGUAAAUGUAACCUGACAGAGAAGUGUUUCUCUCGAGACGGAAAACUCUACUGUCGAAACGACUUCUUCAAACGAUUUGGAACCAAGUGUGCUGGCUGCAGUCAGGGGAUAUCCCCCACAGAUCUAGUUCGAAGAGCUCGCAACAAGGUCUUUCAUUUAAAAUGCUUCACCUGCAUGGUUUGUAGGAAACAGCUGUCAACGGGAGAAGAGUUGUAUGUUCUGGACGAGAAGUGUUUCAUUUGUAAGGAGGACUAUCUGAAUAGUCGACAUAAUCAAGUUUUGACUGCUGGAUCGCCACCAAGCCAGACGGAGCUCGGUGAAACAAAUGACAGUCAUACUGACCCUGAUCAUAUCGUCAAUCACGAGAUCGAACGAGAUUCCAGUUUGGAGCGGAAGACGAAUGGACUGUUUAAUGUAAAUUCUCUUUCCCAUGGCACAGGAACACUACUCAAUAACACUUCGGCCAAUGAAUUUUCUGGGUCACUGGGGAGUAACAACAGUUCCAUCUCCGACUGUCUUAGCAAAUCAAAGACAUGUGUCAAUAAUAAUAAUAACCACAAUGACAAUAAAACCACAAGUGGAAGUGAGAGCAGCCCAAAUAGCAAUACUAACUCCACUUUACAAAAUAACGGAUCGCAGCAGAAUGAUGAAAACACACCAGGAAGCAAACGACGUGGUCCUCGCACGACUAUUAAAGCGAAACAGCUGGAAACUUUAAAAGCUGCUUUUGCAGCUACGCCUAAACCUACACGUCAUAUCCGAGAGCAGCUGGCUCAGGAAACAGGACUGAACAUGCGAGUAAUACAGGUAUGGUUCCAGAACCGCCGUUCGAAAGAAAGACGUAUGAAACAACUUAGUACCCUCGGAGCUCGACGCCAUUUUUUCAGAAGCCCCAGACGAGCUAUGCGGCCGAUACGACCUGGGAUGUCCCCUGAUGGACUGGACGACAGCCCUGAGAUGGUGAUAGGCCCAAAUUCUGGCUAUGGAUAUUUUUCGGACUCAGGGAGUCCUGUUGACUUUCCCUACGGAGCUCAGCCAGGGUUCUACACCUUCUUACCCAGUCAACAACCGCCUCCAGAUUCCCUAGAUUUCCCGCCGGGACCGAUGGGAAACGCCUCAGUGCCCAGCCCGCCUCCAUCCUCGAGAACUAUGGAGCAUGCGAUACCUCCUGGAGGUCCAAUGAUGCAAGGCCAACUAAACCUUGCAGCAGACGCCCCAUACCUUCAGCACCACAGCGACCUCUUGUCUCAACGUUCCAGUCCUGACUCUGUACUGAACCUACCACCUGUGCCCGAUGCUUAUGGCCCACCCAGGUCCUCUGCAGCUGAGUCCUUUCACCCGAGUCUCUCUCAUCAAUCGCUAAGUGAAACUCCCGUCUGGUGACGUCAUUUUCGUCAAGCAGAUUUUGCUUGGCUUGUCUAAUUUAAUAAAAAGUAAUAUUUCGGUUUGUUCUGAAUAAAAAAGAAUGCACUUGAUCCCCAUCCUGCUUUACAUGAGAAGAGUUGUGAAGAAAUGCCUUUCUCUCAUCAAUUACCCUAAUAUUGGUCGUUCACGUUAGGAGUUUUGUAUUUCAAACCAAA